GCUGCGCUCUGUUCCCGGGCGGUGUUCCGAGUCGUGAAGCUCUUUGUAGUGGAAUUAAGUCGCGUUUUGCAGCUGGGGCUGCGGACCGAGCUGAGCCGUCUGUCCGCACCUGCCUCCCAGCCGCCUCGUAGCGUAGUUAAACGCGGACUGGAGUUGAGCGCUUGUUGCAGCCCUCCCGAAAGAUCCUGCGGCUGUAGCGCUCGCACGUUCUUUUGUUUUCAUAAACCAGUUAACUCUAGGGUGAAUCCCACCAGAUUUCGAAUAGGUGACCAAGAGUUUGAUUCUUUGCCAUCUUUACUGGAAUUCUACAAAAUACACUAUUUGGACACUACAACCUUGAUAGAACCAGUUUCCCGAUCCAGGCAGAAUAGUGGCGUUAUCCUCAGGCAGGAGGAAGCUGAAUAUGUGCGAGCUCUCUUUGACUUUAAUGGAAAUGAUGAAGAAGAUCUUCCAUUUAAGAAAGGAGACAUACUGAGAAUCUGGGAUAAACCUGAAGAGCAAUGGUGGAAUGCAGAAGACAGCGAAGGAAAGAGGGGAAUGAUACCUGUUCCUUACGUGGAGAAGUGUAGACCUUCCUCUGCUUCAGUAUCUACUCUGAUUGGAGGUAACCAGGAUAGUUCCCACCCACAACCACUGGGUGGGCCGGAGCCAGGGCCCUAUGCCCAGCCCAGCAUCAACACUCCGCUCCCUAACCUUCAGAAUGGCCCUAUUUAUGCCCGGGUUACCCAGAAGCGAGUCCCUAAUGCCUACGACAAGACAGCCUUGGCUUUGGAGGUCGGUGAGCUGGUAAAGGUCACAAAGAUUAACGUGAGCGGUCAGUGGGAAGGAGAAUGUAACGGCAGACGUGGUCACUUUCCAUUCACACAUGUCCGCAUCCUGGAUCAACAGAAUCCUGACGAGGACUUCAGCUGAGUGUGGCUCAACAGUUGCGCCUACAGAUGGGAACAAUCUCAACUUGUUUUUAUUGCAGAUGCCAUCAAGACUAUGUUCCGACAGAUGUUGAAAGCAGUAUUGCUUCUAUAAGCAUUCUGAUAACCUGCAAACCCCUGGGACUGAGCACCACCAUUCCUUAAUCAAGGGUCAUGUAAUUCAGGGUACGACAGUAGAUAACUUGUGUGUCAAGUGGCAGAACUAGUACAUGAUUAUAGGUUGUAAUGCCUGCUUAUGUCCAUGUGCACAGCAGACUGGACCUUGCCAGCAGCAGCAGUCGGAGAAAGCGGUAAUGUAGAUGUUACGAUAACGUUUAUAGCUCUCUCUGGUCCUAUUGCUUAUGUUGCUUCUUCCUCAGGCAAUGAACAUCAACCUUAGACAAUUCAAUAUAUAGAUAGAAAUUUCACAAAUUUAUCCUGGAGCUUUCUCCAUGUCUUUGUUUUUUCCAUCCUGAAUUCUCUGUCCUAGAAAGGCUAUAUAGUACUCUGCGUGGUCAGUUAACUAUGCACAGUACAGAGACAUACGUAGAGCCGCUGGGGACAGCCUUACGAUUUACAGAUGCUUACCAUUUUAAUGGUAAAUGACAGAUCAAAUCAACCUCGCAAUUCUAGAAGUUUGUGGACACUAGCUUGAUUUCUUCAGUACUGUUGGAGCUUCAAACAUAGCAGCUGAUUUUAAUUUAAGAGUUCUAUUAACACACCAGUAUCUCUUUUUAUCCACAAAUAUAAGGCUUAUGGAAGUGUAAACAUCCAUAUCAGUUCUGAAAAAUACGUGCGUAGCACUUUAAUGCAUAGCUUUAAAGCAGUGUUUGAUUCACUAAAUAUACUAAAAUAUUGACACUGCUUUCCAGUAAAAUUAAAUUAUAUAGGGCCAGUUUAAUUUUUCUAGAAUUCUUCAAUACUCCUAUUGUACAAUACUCUUACAGUACAAAUCAGUGUCAAACGCGGUGAACUGACAAACCAAAUAUUACAUUUUUUUUUUUUUAGUUACUCUGGGGACUCUUCUGGUUUAAUUCCCAUCUGUAAAAUAUUUGAUAGUGAAUUCAUGAGGAUUUUAUUUUUAAUAAACUAAUGGAAAAUACUUGUGUGCUUCUGGAUUGAUUCUCAACAGGCAUAACAGUAAAUAUGGCUUCAUAGCUCAUAAUGCAAAUCAGUGCAUUGAGUAGGUGGUAUUACGCACUUCUUGAUUUAUUUUUUUUAGUCUGUUCUUCUAAUUAUCUGGUUUUCUCUAACAUAAAUCAGAAUGGAUUCAGUAAGUUUUGUAAACUGAAAUUAAACACUGAAGUAACUACCCCUUGCCUGUACCCUGGAUUGUUUUCUGAACACAGCGCUCUAGUGACCAAACUUAAGCAAGCGAAUUUUGUAACUUUGACUGCAGCAUAAUCCAUACAGAACAGUUUUUCUAAAUAGUAUCAAACUGAAAAUGUUACUUCGGAUGAUACAGACCAUGUGACUAGAAUGGCUCAUUGGUUGUAAAUGCUGCGAGGGCCAGUUCCCAGUGCAAAGGCUCUUGCUGCAAGGCACCGACCUGUACAGCAGAAUACUGGUAACACUUUACCUCAGAACUGUGUAACAUGCUGGAAAUGAUAAUAUUUCUGUUAUAUUUAAGUACUAGUUGUUUUAUUUUGAAACUAAUCCAUCAGCAAGUCUGACUAAUGUUCAGGUAAUGGGCACUCAUUAAUUGUGUAUACUAAUGCUGAUGUACAUUGAUUAUACUUUUCCAUCAUCAAUCUCAUAAGCACUACUGAAGAUUAUUAGAAAACUGACAGUUGUGACAGUGGUGUAAGAAGAAUGGUAACAAAGGAAUUGCAGUACUAUUCUAGCUUGGAUUGCUCUUCUGGUUAGGGUGACAUGCCAGUGAUUGUGGGAUCUCUUCUAGCUUAGUACAAAAUCUGCUUUGAGGAAAAAAAAAA